AUGGGUUUCGGUUUAAGUAAACUUCAAUUAAUGGUUAAAGCUAUUGAAAAUCAAGAUGCUAGCGAAUUAAGAACAGUUAUUAAAGAUUUAAGUAGCAUAGAAAUUCGUAAUUUAUGCAAGUCUUAUGUACCAUCUGAUGAAUAUCUAUGCACUAUACUUCAUUAUGUAGCGUGGCAAGAUAAUCCGGAUUUGUUAGCACCACUAUUAGAUUAUGUUGAUGAGUUGGAAAUGCGUGAUGGACAUGGCUGGACUCCAUUAAUGACAGCUGUUAAUCGUGGUAGUAAACAAAAUGUUCGUAUGUUAUUAGCACGUGGUGCUCAAAUUGAUUGUGAUUGGGUUGGAGGUAUGAGUCUUGUUGCAGAUGCUAUGAAUUUCGGUGAUGUUGAGCUUAUAACAAUACUUAUGGAUCAUGGAGCUCGUGUUGCACCAACACCUGAUAUGCUUGAUGAUAGUCAAAAUGAAAAUGCAUUUUAUUUAUUACAUUAUGCAGUUGAUGAUGGUUACUAUGAUAUAGCAAAAUUAUUAAUUGAAAAAGGCAAAAUACCAAUGAAUACAUUAGACCAAUCAGGUUGGAGUCCAAUGCAUUUAGCUGCAGGACAUAAUAAUAUAGACAUACUAACAUUACUUAUAGAAAAAGGUGCUGAUAUUAAUGUUAAAGAUUCUGAUGGCAAUACACCAUUAGCAUGGGCAAGAGAACUGGAUGCUACUGAGGCUGUUAAUGAGUUACAAGCACGUGGUGGUAUAGCUGAUAAAAUAUGGCAUGGAGAGAAACCCGAACUGAAAACUUUAGAAGAGCGUGAACAAGAAGCAAUCGCAGAAGAUAACGAUGAUCAAGAUGCUGAAGAAAAAAAACUGGAAGCUAAAAUUAAUGGUAUUGAACAUGAUCGAUUUGAAAUUGAAGUUGAAGAUGCAAAAUUAAAACCACCAAAAUAUCCAAAUGGGAAAGAUUUCAAAAUGGCUGAUGGACUUCAACGUCAACGUUCCGAUGAAACAUAUUAA